AUACCUACCACUACAGCAAAUAUGAAUAUUGCACAUCCACUCGGUGUAGAAAUCAAUUCUGCAUCAUUUGCGUGUUAUUCCUCUAAUGAAAUCAAGAAAUUGUCUGUUAAAGAAAUUGUUAACCCUGUCGUCUUUGAUUCCUUGGGUUUACCUACGGAGGGUGGAUUAUAUGAUCCAGCUUUGGGGCCGCUUAAUCGUAAUGCUGUUUGCGGUACAUGUAAUCUUGAUUACUUUAAUUGCCCCGGUCAUUUUGGACACAUUCAACUCCCCUGUCCCGUGUAUAAUCCUGUAUUCUUUUCUCACACAUUGACCCUUUUAAGGGCAAUUUGUUUGAACUGUCAUCGGUUUAAAUUGGUGGCGACGGAGCUCAAAUUAUUAAAUCAUGGAUUACUUUUGGAAGCACUAAGAACUGAUGGAAUUGCUGUUGAAGACAUAUUGGCAGCGAAUGAAGAUCAUGGAUCGGAUGAAAUUGAUUGUAUCGAGUUUGAUUCGGAUGAUUAUUUCCGGUCGCUUGGCAAUGAUAAGAAGAUAUAUAAGGCUACUGCAAUUAAUGCUGAACGCAAAAGUGUAGUAGCAGAAUUUCUGAAAAGGUCAUCUACUCUAAAACAAUGUGGCAAUUGCAAGUUAUACUGUCGAACGUUUAAAAAGGAAGGCCAUUCAAAAAUAUUUCAAUGCGCUUUAUCGUUGAAAGCACAGAAGAAUCAAGAGUUAGCUUUAAAAGAUCAGAAUCUAUCAAUAGAGGAAGAUCAAUUACAUGCUAAUAACAACUCUAAAACAGCAAAAAAAUAUGUUACACCAGAAGAAUUGCGUGAGCAUUUUCGUAAGCUCUUUGCGAAUGAAUCGGAUCUUUGCUCUUUAUUAUAUAGCAAGCGAGGACUUUUAUUGGAUAAAAUGGAUUCUCGGACUGAGGCCGUUCACGCAGAUAUGUUCUUUAUGGACGUGAUUGCUGUCCCUCCCACGCGUUUUCGUCCAGCUUCAGUUCUGGGUAAUAAGACAGCGAUAAAUCCACAAAGUGAACAUUUGAUCAGAAUUUUGAACGCACGUCUAGAACUUUGCACUCAUGCGGCAAUGUUGGAUAAAAACAAAAUACUUGUAGAUAAUGAGAUAAACCACGUAGAUGUUGUUGACAACCUGAUGAAAAGCUGGGUAGAAUUGCAAAAUGCAGCAAAUGGCAUGUUUGAUAAUACGAAGGGAAAUUUAAAACCAAUGCGUAACAAAGAACCAGCUGCCGGUGUUAAACAAAUUUUGGAGAAAAAAGAAGGGUUAUUUCGGAAGCAUCUAAUGGGCAAACGCGUAAAUUAUGCUGCACGUUCCGUUAUAUCACCCGAUCCAUAUAUUGACACAGAUGAAAUAGGGGUACCUAUUAGAUUCGCAAAACGGUUGACGUACCCAGAACCGGUGACAUCUUACAAUGUUAAAGAGUUGAGCCAAGCUGUGUCAAAUGGUCCUGAUAUAUGGCCAGGUGCUACAUUUAUUCAAAAUGAGAAUGGUUCUUUGAUAAAUUUAGCGAGUUUAUCACUAGAAUCUCGCAUAUCCCUUGGACAGCAGUUGCUUAGAGAACAGCAGGACAAACCAUCUUUUACCCAAUAUUUCGUCAAGACACCAUACAUAAACAAAAAAAUAUAUCGUCAUCUUCGAGAUGGUGAUAUGUUGCUAAUAAACCGACAACCUACUCUUCACAAGCCAUCUAUAAUGGCACAUCGUGCUCGUGUGUUGAAAGGAGAAAUGACAAUUCGUAUGCACUAUGCUAACUGUAAGGCAUAUAAUGCAGAUUUUGAUGGAGAUGAAAUGAACAUGCAUUUUCCUCAAAAUGAAAUUGCGCGUGCUGAAGCCUUGCUAAUAGGCAGCACAAGUCGACAAUAUCUUGGCCCAACUUCAGGAUCUCCCUUGAGAGGCUUGAUUCAAGAUCAUGUAGUGGCUGGUGUAUGGAUGACCUGUAAAGAUACGUUUUUUACAAAAGCCGAUUAUCAGCAGAUUGUGUUUUCUGCACUGAGACUCGAUCCUUCCGAUUCGAGACGAAUUUUGACUGUGCCUCCUGCUAUACAAAAACCGAAAGUAUUGUGGACUGGCAAACAAAUGAAUUUAACUGUUGGCCUUGUCCCUCUAAAUUUGCGAUCUAAAACCAAGAUUUCAGCUAAGUACUGGGGAUGGUGCGCGCCUGAAGAAGAAACAGUAAUUUUUAUUGAUGGAGACUUUCUCACUGGAGUCCUUGAUAAAUCGCAAAUUGGAGAUUCUGCAUUUGGAUUGGUUCAUUCAUGUUAUGAAUUAUAUUCGGCUGAUGUUACUGGUCAAUUUCUUAGUGUUAUGGGCCGCUUAUUUACAAUCUAUAUGCAACGAUACGGAUUUUCGUGCCGUAUGGACGAUUUGAGAUUGACACCAGAAGGAGAUCAAGAACGAAAGGAAUUAAUGAAUAAUAAUAUGGACCUUGGCAAAAUUGCAGCCUUUGAUUAUGUAGGGCUAGGCAAUUCUGUCGAGAACACGGAUUUACCAAGUGUAGAUAAAGAAUUUAAAAGUAUGAUGGAAGAAGUAUUUCGUGAUAGUGAAAAACAUCAAGGCUUAGACGCUAUAAUGAAAUCGCGUGUAAAUAAAUUGACCUCGUCAAUUAUUGCAAAUUGUAUACCAACGAAACUGUUGAAACAUUUCCCGCAUAAUAACAUGCAAACCAUGACCAUAUCCGGAGCAAAAGGAAGUAGUGUCAACGUUUCGCAAAUAUCGUGUUGUUUAGGUCAACAGGAAUUAGAAGGCCGGCGUGUACCAGUAAUGAUUAGUGGAAAGACUCUUCCAUCUUUUCUGCCUUAUGAACCUUCCGCACGUGCGGGAGGAUUUAUUGGUGGUCGAUUCUUAACUGGUAUAAAGCCACAGGAAUUCUUUUUCCAUUGUAUGGCUGGUCGUGAAGGUCUUAUCGAUACGGCUGUGAAGACGAGUCGUUCUGGUUAUUUACAACGCUGUCUCAUUAAACACCUGGAAAGCUUAAAAGUACAUUAUGAUCAUACGGUUAGAGAUAGUGAUGGCUCUGUUAUUCAAUUCCAUUAUGGGGAAGAUUCACUUGAUAUCACAAAGCAAAGACAUCUUUACGAAUUUAAGUUUAAUACAGAAAAUCACAAAGCGUUGCUACAAAAGUACGACAUUGCAAAAGCACAAAAAGUGUUGAAUACCUCUUGCGCGUCUAUUUAUGCGAAAAAGGCUGCAAAAAAGCCUCAAAAGUAUGAUCCUGUCCUUUCUCAAUAUUCACCGAGUACUUAUCUAGGAUGUUAUACGAAUGAGGAUCCAGAUGGCUUAUUUAAAGUUGACUCAAUAUCGAAACCGGCUUUUCGAAAACUUAUGCACCUUAAAUAUCUUCAUAGCUUAGUUGAACCUGGUGAAGCAGUUGGGUUGCUAGCAGCUCAAGGUAUUGGAGAGCCGUCCACGCAAAUGACGUUAAAUACCUUCCAUUUUGCCGGAUUUGGUGCGAAAAAUGUCACCCUCGGUAUUCCUCGUUUACGUGAAAUAAUUAUGACAGCAUCAGAAAAGAUAAAGACACCAAUGAUGACACUUCCAUUGCUUGAGAAUGUGUCUGAGCAAGAGUAUUCUAAAUUCUGCCAGAAAAUAAGCAAAAUAACUUUAGCUGAAAUUUUAGAUCAAAUGAUAGUAACUGAACGAUUGUCUAGCAAACGAGAUCCAGAUGGAUCGGUUCGAUGCAGGAUUUAUAAUAUUCGCAUGCAAUUCUAUCCACGAGAAGAAUAUACGGAAGAAUUCAAUAUUGUACCUUUACAAAUAGAACGCGCAAUCGAAUCAAAAUUUAUAAAACAUCUUAUGAGUGCGAUAUCUAAUGAACUUAAAAGUACUAAAAACAAGAAUGAAAUUUAUACUGAUAUAAUUCAAGAUACUGAUAAGUUUACAAAUAGGACAAUAAAAGAUGCUAUAUUUGACGAAGAUGAACCAAUUAAUGCUGGUGGAGAUGAAUCUGAUGAUGGUGAUGGCGAUGCCACUAAUGCAAGAAUAAAUUCUAGAACCAAACAGUUUGCGAGCUACGAUGGACCGGAUGAUGAUGAUCUUGAGAUAAUUAAAGAGAAUGACCUUGCAUUUCACAAUGAAGAUUCAGAAACAGAUGAUAGUGGUGGGUUUAUAGAAGAUACAGAUGAUGAUACGGACCAAUCACAAGUGCUAUUCUCGAAGUCGCGAGACAAAACUAAAAGAUCGGUUUUACGGGACAAAAUUGUGGCAUCUUCAACUUAUGUUACCGAUUAUCGGUUUGACCACACCAAUUCACGUUGGUGUGAUAUAGAAUUACGGUUUCCCGCCGAUUUCAGAAAAUUGUUAUUGCUAAACCUAGCUGAAGAUGCAUGUAAAAAGACUGUUAUCCGUGAAGUUAGUGGAAUUAGCAAAUGUUAUCCAAUCACGAAUGAAACUGAGGGAGAUACAUCAAAAACUAUUGCGACUGAAGGAGUUAAUUUUCGUCAAAUAUGGUUAUGUGAUGACAUAAUUGAUCUUGACAAAAUAUAUUCUAAUGAUAUCGCUGCUAUUCUAAAAAAUUACGGGGUCGAAGCUGCAAGAGGAGCAAUAAUGAAAGAGAUAUCAGACGUAUUUGCAGCGUAUAGUAUCAAUGUAGAUCCAAGGCAUUUGACACUUGUUGCGGAUUAUAUGACUUUUGAAGGAACGUUUAAGCCAUUUAACCGAAUGGGUCUUGCAUCUAAUUCUUCACCUUUUCUCCAGAUGAGUUUUGAGGCUACUUGCAACUUCUUGACUCAUGCAACACUUAAUAAUGAUAUUGAUACAUUAAAUUCGCCAUCGGCAAGAUUGGUACUUGGUAAAGUUGUACAAGGCGGUACUGGCAUUUUUGAAACUCAGCAGGCACCCCAGGGCCAACAGCCUUCUCAAACGCAGCAACAACAGAAUCAGCAACAGCUGUUAUCCGCUCACUCACAAGUUGACCAAAAUCAGAGGAACGGCAUGCAUAUAAAGAGGGAACAAAAAUUGUUGAAUGCUUACGUAUACGAUUUCUUAAAACGAAGUGGUGCUACAGAGACAGCAAAAGCCUAUUUAAGAGAAGGUGAUUUUCAGAGUUGCGUCAGAAAUGACGGUAGUGCAAAUUCAAUAAACGGAGGUUCAAGUUCUGAUAACGACAAUACAUCGCUACCUGACGUUGAUGUGCCUGUACAAGCACCUGAAGGUUUUCUAUAUGAAUGGUGGACUGUUUUUUGGGAUAUAUAUAGUGCAAAGUUAAAUCGUCCUGGAACUGCUGAUGCACAUCGUUAUGUAGUAGAUCAGUAG